UCGAUGGGCGUCCUUAGUGGCACGUGUCGCGGUGAGAAGGGAGACGGUUAGGGCAAAACACGACAUUCUUCAACACACCUGAACUCUUCCUCUCCCGAUCCUCUCUCGACGACGAUUUAUUUGGCGAUAGGGUUCGUCGCACAUCUCUCCAAUCACGGCGACUUCUCUCGGAAUCUCUCCAUAUAUCUCCCUAAUCUCUCCCCAAUCUCUGUUCAGCUUCGAUAUCAUCGGAUUCUCCGUAGAUUAAUUUGAAGAAGGCCAUGGGUUUGGAUUAUUCGUACACGCAGACGUCUGAGUCGGAGGAUUACGGUUUAGGAGGUUCAGCAGACAGUGGAAACAGCUCUACAGAGAUGUAUAUCCAGCUGGACCAAGCUCAGAUCGAAGCCGCACGCCAUCAGUACCCUCCGCAGCCUGAAGUGGAGUUUGGCUUCCCCAAGGAGUGCUACUGUGGUGGCGAGCCACUUGUAGCCACUUCUUACACAAGAACUGACCCGGGGAGAAGGUUCUACACCUGCAAGAACAAACAGGACGGAGACUGCCAUGUCUACAAGUGGUGGGACGUCGCGGCUACAGAGGAGAUCAAAGCCAUUGGUGCACAAGUGACCCUCCUCACUGAUAAGGUAGAUUCUCUUUCAUUCGUCGGUUACGAGGAGACCGAGCUGCGGGAGUUAAAGGAAGUUCAAUUUGAUAUGGAGCAGAAAUUGGUUAGGUUGGAGAGCAUUGUCUGUGACUUAGGUAGAAAGAAAUCUAGAUUUGGUAAUGGGUUUGAACUAGUUCUAGGUGUUCUGGUUGUUGUGUUAGUGAUAAUAGCCAUCGGAGUAGCUGCUCGUAUGUAGGAU